AACUCAAGUAUCUCUAUCCACCACCAUGACUGUGUACCAAGCAUCGGCCACAGCCCCUGUUAACAUCGCCACUUUAAAAUACUGGGGUAAGAGAGAUAAGACCUUGAAUCUUCCAACGAAUUCCUCGAUAUCUGUUACUUUAUCUCAAGAUGACUUAAGAACCUUGACUACUGCCAGUUGUUCAGCUGACUUCGAACAAGACCAAUUAUGGUUGAAUGGAGCGUUGGAAAGUUUGUCCAGUGAAAGAACUCAAGCCUGUUUGAAGGAUUUAAGAACUUUGAGAAAAGGUGUCGAACAUAAGGAUGCUUCUUUACCAAAGCUUUCUGAAUAUAAGUUGCAUAUUGUUUCCGAGAACAACUUCCCAACCGCUGCUGGUUUAGCUUCCUCUGCGGCCGGUUUUGCUGCUUUGGUCUUCUCUAUUGCCAAGCUUUACCAGUUGCCUCAAGACUUGUCGGAGAUCAGUAAGAUUGCAAGAAAAGGUAGUGGCUCCGCUUGUAGAUCUUUGUUCGGUGGGUAUGUGGCUUGGGAAAUGGGUGAAUCUCCAGACGGUGAAGACUCCAAGGCAGUUGAAGUUGCUCCUUUGGAACACUGGCCAAAUAUGAAAGCUUUGAUUUUGGUGGUAUCUGAUGAUAAGAAAGAUGUGCCUUCUACUUCCGGUAUGCAAAGCACUGUGGCUACCUCCGACUUGUUCAACCACAGAAUCAAUGAACUCGUUCCUCAAAGAUUUGAGGAAAUGAAAAGUGCCAUCUUGAAAAAGGAUUUCCCUACAUUUGCCGAGUUGACCAUGAAGGACUCUAACUCUUUCCAUGCCGUGUGCUUGGACUCAUUCCCUCCUAUUUUCUACUUGAAUGAUACGUCCAAAAAGAUCAUUAAGUUGAUUCACAAAAUCAAUGAAAUUGAAGGUAAGACCAUCGUAGCCUAUACCUAUGAUGCUGGUCCAAACGCUGUUUUGUAUUACGAAGCAGAAAACGAGGACAAAAUAUUAAGUGGUUUGAAACCAUAUUUCGAGAAUAUCCAAGGCUUCAAGCAGCCACAAACCGUAACCUCGUUCGACUUCAAGUCGUUUAUUCCCGAAAUCACUGGUGUAUCCAAGAUCAUUGCCACUAAGAUAGGUGAAGGUCCUAAGGAAACUUCUAUCUCCUUGAUCAACGAAUCUGGAUUGCCAAAGUAAUCAUGUUUGUUUUUCUUCAAACAUCGUGAUGCAUGUAAUAGUAGUUUAGCAUACUAAAUGAAUUAGAUUCUAAUCUAACCCCGGGUUUGGCA